AUGGACAACUCGCUGUUUUCUCUAUAUUUUUCAUACAAGAGUGCGACAAAGUCUGUCGUGGACUGGCUCGUUUCGACAGUUGGCCGUGAACGGUUCCACCUCGAUGCACGGCCCAGCACCACUGAAAUCGUGAAUGCUGCAAUCCUUGUUCGCGACCAAAAGUUACCAGUUCCAGAAUACGUGCUCGACAAGCUUCGAAACAUUCUCAAGAAGAGAAGGGCAGUUCAUAGUCUCUAUGUAGAGCGCGCUGCCUCGGACCAACAAGAAGAGAACUUGAAGCAUAAAGCUUUUAUAGAUAGACUCGAGCAGACAUAUCAGAUAUUGUUGCCACUAGCGAAAUCGACGCAGUCACUUCCAGUUUCGACCAGCAAGGCAAGCGAAACAAGAUCAUCAUCUUCGGCGCCUAAUCGAUACGCAUGCUUGGCAGAUUUAGAUCUCACGGUCCAUCAUGAGCCUGAUUCUGGAAUGCAAAAUCAGGACCCUACUAGUGCAGCAAACGCCUUAACGACAGAAAAGGUCGAACACGUGUUACAAGAUGAUGAGCUAGGCGAGUACAUCGAGCUCAGCCUCUUGGAACUCGAUGCCAUUUGCGAAAAGGUGAACGGAUUCUGGGUCGAUGCAGCAUCGGGAAAUCUCUCUAUCAUUGUCGCCGGAUUCUUGACCAAUACGGCCUACCACGCAGUAGAAAGAAUUAUGCAAAGCUCAACUGGACUGGCGGAUAAUGCUAUACUGAUCUCUAAAUGGUAUCUCACCAAAAGAGACUUCAGAAUCAGAUUCACCGAUAUUCCAGAACUCCAGCAUGAUUAUCAACGUUUCGCUAACAAUCUUGGAUUGAUGCAUUAUUGGCAAAUUCUUCACCACUGCCGCACCCUUGAUGAGUAUAAAGAGAUACUUCCCACCGCUGGCAGUCAACAAAAUCCGAGAGAUUUUAUACACAGACUUGUCGACAGUCGAGCAUCCUACAAUCUUGACGAUUCGGCUUUUGAUAAAAUGCAGGAAAGCAUGCGACAACUUCUUGUUUCGGGCCGAGCUAUCAGUUCACUAGAAGAAGAACGGAUGAAGGCAGAACCUCUUCUCCCUGCUCUAGAUGCGGCACUAAGAAACCCAAAAUCGCCAAUUCCAACGCAUCUUGUUUUCGGUAUGGAUAUGCUGCUAUCAACGUACAAGUCAUUCUUGUGGUCCAAUGAAAAUACAAAUCAAGUAAAUUGCCGGAUUAUAUCAUUGAAGUUCGCCAACGACGUCAUCAAGAGUAUCACAGAUUGCAUGCCAUGUUUGGAGAAGCUUUGUUGGUGUCAGACUCCGGACAAUUGCACCUGCCCAUAUAAACAAUAUAUCUGCGAUUUCCGAAGCAAGCUGGAAACUUACUUCCAAGAAAAAAGGUUUGAUCUCUACUAUCAAGCACCUUGGGUUGCAUCUGGCCACAUGAUCGAGAUCCUCUAUUUAUCCAUGUAUGAAGGGGUCAACUUGUGCUGCGCGAGUAACUACGUCAUGACAGUACUCCAUCUCUACAACGCUCUCUUGGAAGUGAGCCCGCAGAUGCAGCGAGUGACUUGGCUAGAUCAAAUGUGUGUGAUUUUCACAAAGUCCCUCUUCCCGGGAUCAAUCCCAAAAAGCAACUUCAGCUCAGUCUUUCGUCGGUCGAGUGGAGGCCAGUUGAUCAAAACUUCGAGUUUACACAGUGAGAAUGAUUUCCGAUUCUCUCGUGGACCCUCUUUCUUCAGCGAUCGACCCACCGGUUGUCCUCAGCUGUCUCGGUUUUAUGCUCAGCAUAUGAUAAACUAUCAACUAAGCGGAGAGUUGUGGGUUCGGAUUUACGAAGAGCGGAGAGUGGACAAUCCCACACCAAGUCAAAUAAGAGCGGCUUCCCAGCAACUUAGUUCAACCGUUUUCACCGUAACCAUGGAGAAAAUCAAAAAUACCGUGUUGCCAGAGCUUGAAGGAGAUAUGCCAGUAGCUCGGAUUGAUUAUUUUGCAGUUUUCCGGGUUUGCAUCCAGAUCUUAGAGGACUUAUGUGUGCACAUGGAAGGUUCAAAUGACCCGGCUACUGCUCAGCGCGGCUAUGAGUUAGUGGACGCUUUAUUGGGCGAUAUUAGUCAACAUGAAAAGGAUGCUGAGCUCGGUCGUUGGCUCCCAUACCUACGGCCGCUGAACAAAGCUGUCCUCGCGUUUGCAUCGUUGGAUAAGGACAGGUCAUUGCGUGAAUUUGCCUGGGAUAUUUAG